AAAAAAAAAAAGCCGCUGAGUUUCAUUUCUCUCUCUCCCAACCCCCCUCUCUCUCUCUCUUCUCAUUUUAUCCGUUUUCUGUCAUCGCCGACAACCGCCCACCUCACCCACCGCCAACCACCCACCACCCCGUCAAAACCAGGAAUCCAGGAUCACAAGUUUAAAAGGGCUUCAUUCAAAUAGUUUCCAUUUCAGUGUGAGAAGCAAUGACAGAACAUGAUAGUGAAAUCAUUAAACCUGAGCUGAUGAAGUCCUAUGUAUGGCUCCAAACAUCUGAUGGUUCGAUACAGCAAGUAGAACAAGAGGUUGCUAUUUUUUGCCCGUUUAUAUGUCAUGAAAUACAUUUGGGAUUAGGGUCUUCAAAAAAUUACCCUAUAUCUCUUCCUCCGACGGUGAAUCUUGCCAUGCUGAGCAUGAUUCUUGAUUAUUGCCAUUUUCACCAAGUACCUGGGCGCUCUAACAAGGAGAGAAAAUCAUUCGAUGAGAAGUUCAUUCGGAUGGAUAUAAAGAGGCUAUGCGAGUUGACAUCUGCUGCUGACAGCCUGGAAUUAAAGCCACUGGUUGACCUUACAAGUCGAGCACUUGCGCGGAUGAUUGAGGGGAAAACUCCAGAAGAAAUACGCGAUAUAUUUCAUCUACCAGAUGAUCUUACAGAGGAAGAAAAAUUGGAGCCCUUAAAGAACACGAUGGAUGAUCCGCGAAUUCGGCUUUUAAAUAGAUUGUAUGCCAGAAAGAGGAAAGAAUUAAAAGAGAGAGAAAGAUUGAAGAAUGUUGAGGUUGAAGGGGAGCAAGUGGACCAACGUUCAGUUGAUGAUCUCUUGUCCUUUAUUAAUGGAGCAAAUGGAGAUUCGAAGGGUGUCAGAACUUCGAAAAAUAGAAGGAAGAACCGCAGAAGGAAAGAUCAACAAAAGAAUGCUCCGCUUAAUGGUAGUAGUACGUCAGACACCACCUCGUCUUUAAUCAAUUCUACCGAUCCCAAUUUGGAGUUGAACAGGACUUCUCUUGACCAUGACGCUACAGUAAACGGUCAUUUUGAUCCCAAACCUGACAAGACAUUGAACCUGACACAAUUUGAAGGUAGCAGUUUUGUUCCCGAAGAGGAGUUUGAUGACGGUGAUUUAGAUGAUGAGAUUGACCCUGUGAUGAAGGAAGAAAUUGACAGGGAAGUGGCAGACUUUGCUCGAAGAUUAAAUUCAGACUGGCCAGAAAGAAUGCAAGAGAUUCUCUCGCUAGGCCAAGGGAGGAGACAGGUGCCAAUUGCCAUCAGUGGCAGUUCUUUGAGGAGACAUGCAAUGAUAAACCGGGACCAAAACUGAUCCAUGUGUGUGCUGGCUGGCGCAGUUUUAGUGAUUUUCUUAGACAGCAAAGUUGAUACUGGCAACUCAUUGACUUUCUUUUCUGAAACUUGGGCGUUGUGCAAGGGUUGAGACUGAGAAUAAAAUGGGUUUCUAAGCGACUGCCGAAGGCUUUGUAUAUAGUUCUUUAACUUUGUACAAUCAAGCAAAAGAUGUAACUUUUGAUCAGCAGCUUUUCUUCAGUUUUCUUACUUUUGCGUUCUCAUUUUCCAGUAACUGACCAUUUUGACAAUGUAUUUCAGUGUAAUGCAAUGUUUUCUUGAUACAUCGUAUGAGGUAAGAGGUAUUUGUAAGGGCUUUUUGGCCAUUAUCAUAACAAGAAUAGAAAAGAAAACUGUAAUCUUUGUAA